AUGGCCGGUACCAAAGCUAAAAUUGAAUCCAUUUAUUGUUGUUAUGACUCGUCGUUUGCCAUCACAUCCGACAGACAAGUCUUCAGUUGGGGCGACAAUAGAGGCCAUGAAUUGGAACACAAUAAACCUGAUAACCGAUUAUUUAAACCUCAAUUGAUAUCUACUAUAACUGACGUGAACAUUUCUAACAACGAGUUCACUGAACUCUCGAUCGCUGGUUCGGGUACUUUUGGGACUGUAUUUAAAGUGAGGCAUACAUUGGAUGACAAUAUAUAUGCCGUUAAAAAAGUUCAAUUUGAAGACAAUAAAGAGGAAAAGGAAAUGAUGAUAGAAGUGGAACAUCUGAAAAAUUUGGAUUCAGAUUUUGUGGUCAAAUACGAGAACUCGUGGACUGAAGGCAAACAACUCUACAUUCAGAUGGAGUACUGCUCGCAAACACUCGCGUCUGUACUCCGAGACAAACAACAAGUGUUUGGCAGACAAUCGGCUGAAGCCAUGAAUAUUUACGAGUAUUUCAUUUGCUGUGAAAUAUUUCGGGAACUCUUAGAAUGCGUGCGAUAUCUACAUGAACAGAGCCCGCCAUUCAUUCACCGGGAUUUAAAGCCUGACAAUAUAUUUAUUAUAUACAGUAGACAUAAAAAUACAUUUGUAAAGUUAGGUGACUUUGGUUUGGCUACUGUCCACAGCCGUACAUCCAAAUGCCACACUCGGGGGGCGGGGACUCCCAAAUAUAUGGCACCGGAAGUCCAUUCUGGUAAUACAUAUGAUACUAAAGCAGACCUUUAUAGUGUCGGAGGUAUUGGUAUGACAUUAUUUGAUAUAUACAACGACGAUUGCCAUCCAAACAAUUCGUCCGCAUUUUACACUCAAUUCAAUCAUUUGCAAGAUUUCCUGAUGUCAUUGACUGAGAAUAUCGUCGAUAAACGGCCGACCAGUGGACAAGUGCUCGACGCCCAUAACCAGUGGUCUAUCGCUAAAACCAUGAUUACAUCAAACAAACAGGAAUUUAAUGAAAUGCUAAACAAACUAAAAUAUAACGAAAAUACAUUUUUCUACGAAUGCCUACUCUUUAAGACUGAGUCCAUGGAUAGUGUGGCCGAAAGCCUAGCGGCGGACACAAUGCGAUGCGAUUUGGCUUUGGAUGACAUCGGGGAACACGUGGCCGCCCAAGAGGUUUGGGUUCAACAGCUAAACCCUAUGACCACAACCGUCAAUACCGAUGAUAUCGGCGUUGAAGUGACACAAGUGAAGCUACAGAUGGCUGUAUGGGUGGACGAUAUGCGCACUGAUGUGCAAACCUUACGCAAAGGUGGAUACAGUACGGCUACUAUUGAGGAACUCAACGAUCGGGUACAACACGUGAGCCAACGAAUGGAGAGCAUUAAAGACCAGUUCGGAACCCAAGUGUUGGUCCCAUUGGUGGCCAAACUAACCGAAGCCCAACGUCGGUCUCCCGGCGCCCGACAGACACUUAUGGACAAAUACCCGACCAUUGAUCAGCUCCAGGAGUGUAUACGAGUGGUGGAUGAGAUGGACGAUAGGAUCUCUGCACUCGGGUAUCAAGAUUUGGUGUCUUUGAGAAUCGCUGCCGACAAAUGUAGGGCUGAAAAGCGGGCGAUUGAUGAUUUCGGGCGUACAGUCGACCGGUGCGGCCAAAAGCUAUAUGAGUUGACCGAUAUUGUGGACCCGGUGUACGUGAAUGCGUACAAAGAUGUAGUGAUAAAGAUGUUCUCAUAUCUGACUAUCGAUGAGUUGAUUGGUUUGGAGAGAGUCUCCAAAGAGUUCCAGUUUUGCGCCAACUAUUGGUUCCAAAAACAGAAGACAAUAUCAUUCAACGAGAAGUGGUGUGGAAUCUAUCAUCCAAUUGAUGCCAUCACUAAUUGCUAUACAUUUCCCAAACAAUAUCUUGAGACAAAUUCUGAUGGAAAGCCAUGUCUUAUACAAAACAAACAAAGAAUUAUUUGGUUGUCAAAGAAGUUGCCAAACAUUGAAUACUUAGGAAUCGGUCACUUCGACACUGAUUACAAGACAUUAUACGAUAUUCUCGUAGCGUUUCAAUCAAUCAAAUGCUUAGAAAUGUGUGGUUUGUGUGACUUCACAGCCCAAGAGUACACACAAUUGGGACAACUAUUAUCCGGAAGAGUUACUAAAUUUAUGGCAAACUGUUGCGAUACUUAUUCACCAAAAUUUCGCAACAAACCGUAUCGCAAUUAUUCAAUGUAUUGCCAAAAAGUAUAA